AAGAAGGGGGCGUGUCCGUGCCUGUUAGCCUGAUGCUAACUGUGAGCUAAAGUUGACUUUCACUUUCUGACAGUCUCUCUCCGGACCGAGCGGGGCUUCCUGGGAAACGAAACUCGGAGCCUCCUCCUUCGUGUCUCUUCGGACCUUCAAUGUGAACUUUUUAAACUCUCCUGCUGUUAAAUAUUAAACUUUAAAGCCGCGGCGUAUGAAAGAGUCAAAGCUAACUGACAGACACGCAGUUAGUCAGCAAAGCUAGCUGCUGUUAGCUGCAGUUAGCUGCUGUUAGCAUGGAGAGUACGCAGAGCUCCGAGGAGAGAGGAGCAGAGAGACAGAUGGAUGAUUACCUGAAGUCUAUCGGCUUCCAGAGGAAGAAGGUCGCCAAAGACGGGUCCUGUUUGUUCCGGGCUGUGGCCGAGCAGGUGCUGCAUUGCCAAAGCCUUCAUACUAACGUCAGAGCCAAGUGUGUGGAGUUCCUGAAGCAGAACAGAGAGAACUAUGAGGCUUUUAUUGAAGGUGAUUUCGAGGAUUACCUCUUCAAGCUUCAGGACCCUCAGCAAUGGGUGGGAGAGGUGGAGAUCAACGCGCUCGCUGUCAUAUACAAGAGGGAUUUUCAGAUCUUCCAGGAGCCGGGACGACCUGCAGUCGACAUCACAAAGAACAACUUCAAGGACAAGGUGCGGUUGUGUUUCCUGAAUGGGAAUCACUACGACAGCGUUUAUCCCAUCAGCCACAUCAAGAGCUCUGCUAUCUGCCAGUCCAUCGUGUUCGAGAUGCUGUACGACGACGUGUUCAAAGUCGACCGGAGUCUUCUGAGCGUGUGUCAGCGGGGAGCGCGGGGUCGCGGCAACGAGCCGCUGAUAGACGACAACAUGGUGACCUGCGCCAGCAGCGACGAGUCUGACGUCGACACCGGAGAGCCGCUCUGCAGGGCCGAAAAUGGAACAAACACGACGGCUCCAAGACACAGCAACAGGGGCCGUGGUCGCGGUCGGCUGCCAGAGAGGGUGUGGCGUUCACUGAACCCGACUUUGCUCAGGAACAUCGAGUACGACGUCUGGCACAAAAGCAAGAGAGCUCAACAGAAGCUGGAUUAUUCCAUCGCUGCAGGGAUGCAGUUCUCUGCAGGAGAUCGCUGUCAGGUCCGUCUGGAGCCGAGUGGGCGGAGCUACAACGCAACCGUCAAAGAGGUUCCUUCAGACAACGGACUAGUGACGGUUUACCUAGAGGAGCAAGGCAGAAGACAGGUGCCUCUGUGGAGUCUGCGUCCUCCCUGUGAUGAAAACUCCUGGAGCACUGUGGUGAACCGAGACAAGAAACUCAGCAACGGGCUUGGAGAUUGGGAAGAUAGGGGGAGAGGUAGAGGCAGAGGGAAGCACCCCCCAGCGGCCUCCUCCUCUGCGACCACGGCAGCAGCAGCACCUCCGGGCUCCACUGGGCGCAUGCUGAAGCAGCACUCGUGGCCUCCACAGGCCAACGCCGAGGAGCAGGGCGGGGCCAAACCCACCAGGAAGUCGGUGAGCUCCGUGGACGCAGCGUUCGGUAUAACGGAGGAGCACCGUUUGGCCAAAGAGGAGGAGGAGAGGAACGUGGCGUUGGUGGAGAUCCAGCUCAGGGACGAGCACAGUUUCCCCGCCCUCGGGGUCAGAGGAGCUCCGUCUGUCGGUCAGGGUGAUGGAGGGAGAAAGAAAGGAGGAGAGAAGAAGAGACCUCAGAGAAACAAGAUGAGUCCAGUUGAUGACGUCAGAACUCCGUCGCCCCCUGCUGGAGAAACACCCAAAUCCCCAGAUCUAACUACUCCUGCACCGCCCACGAAACCUCCUGCUGCACCUUCUGCUGACUCUGACUCCACCGCUUCCCUCCUGAGCUCGAACAAGGCUUCAUUGCCCAAAACAAACAUGGCCGCCGUCUCCUCCUCCUCCUCUGCUGCUGUUUCAGACCUGACUGAUAAACCAAACCUGCCCUCCUACGCCUCGGCUGCUGGAGCUCCGCCCACCUCUCCAAUCACUUCCCUUCUCACAGGAGGUUCUGUCCCCUCCUCCGCCUCCCUCUUCUCCUUCAUCACCCCCGUUCUCCCCCCUGCUUCCUCACCUUCAACUUCCCACGCCAUCUCCUCAUCCUCUCCACCGCCUCCUCCCUCCUCUUCCUCUAAACCCCUCUCCUCCUCCCCCUCACCUCCUCCACCUUCAUCAGUGCCGACUCCGACCUUCAUCGCCCCCAUCGCUCCCUCUCCUGCUGCUGCUCAGCAGAGCUUCCUCCAUUCCUCCUCCCUCCCUCGCUCCUCCCCUCCUCCUCCCUCUCUUCCUCACUCCCCCAGUCCUCCCACUGUCUCCUCUUUAUCUCUGACUGGAACCCAGUCCCCUCAGAACCAGACCCCCCUGUCCCAGGUUGAUCCUGUGGUGUCUGUGCCUCAAAACCAGAGUCAGAUAUUUGAGUCCCAAACCCAAAGCCCUAUUUCUUUUACCCAAAAACUAUACGAGGAUCCGCCCUUAUUGGCCCAAACCCAGACCCCAUUAAGCCAAAACCAGACCAUGUCUUCAUUGCCCCAAACCCAGACCCCUUUGAUCGAAAACCAGACCCUGCCUUCUCUGCCCCAAAACCAAAGCCCUAUGCCUCAAACAGAGAUCCAGACCGGUCCUCCUGAACUCCAGCCCCAACCUCAGUCCAACACUGACGUGACCCAGGUAACUCCCACAAUCCCCCAGGCCCACUACCCUCCACAUUCCCAACCUGAGGUAGUUCAGUCCCACUCCUCUUACCCCCUUCCAUCCCAGCCCUCAGUUCCUGUCACCCAUCCUCCCCCUCAUGUCCAACCUCCUCACCCCUCCCAGAUUCCACACCCCACCCUCUCUAUGUCCCCCUCCCAGACUCAAAUAGAAGCCUCCCAGCCUCCACCAGAGUCUCCUCCUCAUCCUUCCCCCCUGCAGUCACACCUUCCUCCCCCCUCUCUUCACCCCCAUCCUGAGUCCCUUUCAGCACACCCUCCUCCACUUUCUCAACCAUCAUCCCUCCCUGUAGCCCUCCCCAUGCAGCAGCUGGCCCAGCUCUACCAGGACCCCCUGUACCCCGGGUUCCCUCAGGCGGAGAACGGCCAGGUUGUUCCGACUCCCAGCAUGUCUUCCAGUAGAUUGGGGGACGACCUGCCGCAAGACAUCCACGUCUUGAGAUUCUUCUUCAACCUGGGCAUCAAGGCGUACUCUAUGCACCUGUUCCCCCCCUACGUCUACCUCCUCCCCCUCCAACAGGCCCACACCAUGCACCCCAAGAUCCCCUCCCGCUCCCCCUCUCCCUCCCCAAGCCCCCACUACCCUCCCUCCAACCCCCCACCGAGGCCACAGGAGGCGUACCCUCACCCUCCGUACCCCCCUACUUCUUCAACAAUGCAUCCUCAGUUUGACCACCAAGUUCCGCCCCCCGAGCACCCCCGUCCCAGUGACCCCUCCCACAACCAGGCCGGGUACCCCGUCACCCACCCGCCACCGCACAGGAUGCCACCGUCGUGGCAGCAGCAAAUGCCUCCACCAAGGAACCAAAGUUUCCCAGUCGGGUAUCCCUCUCCGAAUCAAGCAUAUGCAGUUCCUCCACCCAUUUCUCAGGGGUACCACCCAGGUCAUAGUCCAGGACACCCCCUGUAUCCUCCAACUGGGCCCUCUUACCCCCCUUCUUCUCUGGGAUAUCAGUCCACCUCUGAGGAGCUCCAGGGGGCCAUGGAGCAGCAUCAACCCACCAACGGAGACACUAUGCAUGGUCAACGUCCGGUCCGAGCCACCAGUCUUCUGGGGAGUCCGCCUACUGUUAACCUGGCUAACCCGAACAUAUCAGGGGUGGUUCCUGGCUUUGGCCACAUGAAGGAGCACGCAGAGAGUCUGACCCGAGCGGUGCUGAUGGGGGAGCUUCCUGUCAACAACAAUCACAUGCUGGUUUCAAACCCGGGUGAUCUCCCUGUCCUCCCAACCGCCAUGAAGCCUAACAGCGCACCUUACGAAAUCCUCUCCACGACUCCCGCCCCGCCUCACAACAACCCCUCUUACGGUUACCGCGGCUACACAAAACCGCCCAUCCCCACCAACACUUACGUACCUCUCGGGGCGCCAGAACCCCCCGGCCACGUGGAUUACCUGCCCGCCUUCGCCAUGGCGGGGAACAUGUCCGUCGGUUGCAACACAGAAGACGACUGGGACGAGCAGACCGCGCACAAACAGACGAACUACCGAGGACCGAGGAGGUACCAGAGAGGGGGGCGAGGGAGGGGGGGUUACGACCCGGGGAGGGGCGCUAACAGGAGGCGGCAUGGUGGAGGAGAUUCAGGGACGGGGUAUAACAAUAUGCAGUUUUACCCCACCAUGAGGGGGAGGGGCCGAGAGAGAGAGUACUAGCUCUCGGCCAAUGAGGCGAGAGGACACAGGAAGGUGCUUUUGUUGUUUGGGGUUUUCGUUUGACGCUGCUCGCUUCGUUUCGUCACCGUCCUGAAAGCCGAAAAAAAAAAAGAUGCCACAAACGAUCAUCUUUGCUAAAAAUGCUGUCGGUGUUUUUUCGUUGGUUGAAAACGAGCAUUAAACACUAUCAUUCUUUCUUUACCUAGCUUGUUAGCGCUGCAUGUUAGCAAGUGCUAGUUUACAUUUUUAUCACUUUCAGCGGUCGAAUGUAUGGAUUCAAAGAGUCAGCGGCGAGGAUUGUAAAUGUGUUGAGUUUGAGCUGCUUAGCGUUCGUUGCUACGUUAAUGUGACGUUUGAAAAAUGUCUGAAAUCAAAGUUUAAUCAAAUUUCUUGUACUCGCAUUUUUUAUCUUAGUUAUCUCACCCCAUUGCCUUUUUCUUUAAAGGAGUAGUACGACCAUUUUUGGAGCUAUUGUGAAGAGGAAACCAGAGAUUUGUUAGCUUAGCAUAAAGACUAACAAUAACACACGUUAGCUUAGUUGUUAAAGAAAGAACAGGAGGAAUUAUAACAGAGCCAAAAAAAAUUAUUUGAAGAACAAGUUUCACAGAUGAAAAUAGAUAGCCUGGCAUUUACCCCUGUUUCCACUACUUAUGCUAAGCUAAGCUAAUGACUUCUAGUUAUAGUUACAUAUCAACAAAACAAACCCCAGACUGCUAAGAGCCUCGUUACUUCAACGUUAUGACUCCGACUUAGCCCAAAGACUUGCCAAUCAAAUGUGCUGAAGCUAGAUAUAUAACAGCCAGCUAGAACCGAGUUAGCUUAGCAUAAAGACUGUAGACUGUUGAAUUACUAUUAUUAGCUCAGUGCCAUAAUCUAAGUACCGAUGUUAGCUCGCGCGGCAAGUAUUUGAGCAAAAGGAACAAAAGUCAGUUAGCAUAGCGAGCUAACGUUGGAAAGGUUUUCGUGAAACUCUUAGCUUAGCACAAAGAUUGUAAACAGGAGAAGACAAGCUAGCUCGGCUCGUCUUCUAGUUAUACCUCGAGUUAGCGCCUGGCUUGUAGUUUAACAUUCUUUUUAACCCUUUAUGCUAUGCUAGGUUAGCUUGCUUUGCUCCAGGCCGAAGCGGCUAACAGCAACACAGACAUAAGAAUGUUGUCAAUUUUCAAAUAACUGUUCAAGUUUAGUCUCUAAAGCACCCCUUGAAUGAAGUAGAACAAUUGUUAGCUUAGCAUGUCCUUUAGGUAUUUGAUGCUAUAGCCUGAGCAGGGUUGGCUUAGCUUAACUUUAAGACUGUAAACGGGAGAAAAGAGUUAGCUUGGCUCAAAUAAAAGGUAACAGAAUCCUAUCUCACCCUUUUUUGUUUAUGUGGUUUAACUUUAGGCUAUGUGCCUUGCUAGCUGUUUUCCUUUGUUUCAAGUCUUAUGCUAAGCUAGGCUAAAGCAUCUGGCUAUUAUAUGACUGGAUAGUAGCAAUAAAAACAUAGAUAGAGGCGUCAUAUUUAUAUAUGCAUCGCAAUACCCUAAAAUUGUAGAGCUAUUUAUUUUAUGCUCUCUAAAAUUCCUUAAGCUACGUUCAAAACUGUUAGCUUAGCACAUCCGGAAGUUAAAGCUAACACGCAACAAGCUCCUUUCAAAAAGGGAUGCAAACAUCGCACUUUCUUUAGAGGAAUAUUAAAAACUUCCCGGAUGUAAAUUAUAAAAUUGAUAGCACUUACUGUUAAAUUAAGUAGUCGAACAGCUAGCUUAGCUUAGCUUAGCUUAGCUUAAGACAAAGGCUGGAAAUGAGAGGAAAAGGUUAGAUUAACAGGCUUAAUGCAUGAAUUUAUAGUAUACGGGGCUGUACCAGGCUAGCUGUUUUCACUCUUUGUGCUAAGCUAAGCUAAUUUACUCCAGGCUAUAGCUACAUGCUAACCUUAAAAACAUUGGUAACAUCAAAGAUUGGUAUCAGCCUUCCAUCUUUAGAGAAUUCCUCAAAUUUAUUAAAGUAUUCAUUUCAUAGGAGGCCAAAUUUCCGAUUUCCAACAUCCCUUGAACGCCACAGAACAAAAGAAACAUGGCGUGUUCGUGACUCCUGUUUGUAGUGUGUGCUAGAAAUUUAACACAUGGGUAAAAAGAACAAAAGUAAAGUUUGAUGUGAGGAAAUAUAAUCUCUGAGCAGCUUUCAAAGUUGAAUUGCUGCUUUACAAAGCCAGUCUGCGUACAGGACUGUGGUGAAGAAGAGUCGGUGAUAGAAACUCGUUCUCGCUGGAUGCACUUACUCUGUAGGGUUUUCGUUUCGUCUCGUCCCUGCCUGUUUCCUGUCCUCUGGGUGUAAAUGUCUUUGUCUUUUGUUUUUUUCUCACCUGGUUUAAUUUUUGUCUUUUCUUUGGUUUUAUUUUAUAAAUCAGCAAACUCCAGAGAUUCAGUCAGUGCCUUAUGUUUGCUACUUUACUGUCUUCUUUCUCUUCCCUUGAGUUUGGGAAACACUGCUGUACAGAACAAAUGCUGUCUGUUGGAUUUUUCUAUGUUGUUGAAUAAAAAAACUUUUGGUUCAAAA